ACGUGAUGCGGAGUACUACUACUGCAAAGCGAGCUGGAUAGGUACUGAACGUGUUGAAUUUAACAGCAGUUGUGCACCGGAAAAUUAAUAACUGUCGUCAUAUUGGAAAAGCACGAGGUUUUGCGGCGAAUACUUAAUACAAUUAUUGGAUGUUUUUGAAAAAUAGUGCUAUCGGAUUCGACACAGUUAAAUUUGGCUGGUAAUUCGACGAAAAACAGACUUCAACGGUGCUAUUCAACUUCCAGCAGUGAUUAAUAAAAGUCAUCCUCGUGGCAGUGUGCGAUAAAGAUCGAAGUGACCACAGAUAACGACGACGUGCAUAUUUUGACAUUCAUUAUCUGACCGAUCGACAAUAACCAGCCACGGAAAACCAACUAUUUUUUUUGCAAUAUAUCUGGCUAGUCGAAAAAAAGUGUCAGUGUCACAAGAAAAUGUCCCAAUAUAGGUAACGAUCGAGCGACUAUCUGCGAUUAAUUACCUGUAAAAUGUGUCCGUUACAAAUGCUGGGAUAGCAUAUGUUUGCCCUUCAUACGAAAGCGUAGAAGCAGCUGUACAGUGAAGAAAAGUAAAGGAAAUAACGUUCGUCAUUUGUGCAUUGUGAUUGAGUGCGUGUGUGCAAGGCGGGCAACGGUCGAAACUUGAAAUCGUUGCUUGGUGAAAAGGAAGCCGCUAGAGGGAGUAGUGUAACAAAAAUAUUAGAAAGACAAGGCUAUCUCUGACGCUGCUGGAUCUAAUUUGACGUAGAAAUGGCUCCAGUCAAACAGAAUGGUACAACAGCACUGUUACCUCAGCUGAUGAGGAAGACUAUCACGACGAGAUCGAAACAAUCCAAUAACAACCAAAACCAAAAUACUGACGAUCAGCAACCGGCGCAGCGGGGCAAGCGAAAAGCUGACCUCAGUCCGCUGAAAAAUGACCGUGGAGUGAAACGGUCGGCCCUCGGCAAUUUGACUAAUGCCGUGGUGCACAACGCAGAAGCCGAUGCCGAUAUCAAGGGUGGAAAGGGGGCAAAUGCAAUCACGGUAACGACCACCGGUGCUAUCACUAUAGGCAAGCAGGCUUCCCAGCUGAUCCACCAGUUGACUACUAACAUCGCAAACAGCAAAAAGACUGCAACAUGCAAGACUGCUACGACCGUGAAGACGGAAGUGUUCACCAAACCAGACCCGGACGGACCAAAGACUCGUGCUGCAACGAAAAUAUUGACCCGUGCGGCCAGUCGCCAACAGCUUAGUGGGAAGAAUACAGUAGCUCGUUGUGCCAAAAAUGAGACAUCCGCUAGCGAUACACUUAAGUCGGAACUUUCGGACGUAGCCAACACCAUCGUGAAAUCGAAAGAGGAAAACAGUUUCCAAGGAGAGAAGCUGCCGUCGAUGGUAGACAGAUUAGUGACUCAGUUGACUAAGCCAAAGCGUAGGAUAUCCAAUGAGUUUGAGAAGACUGAUGAUAGUUUGUAUGUGUCAGCUCUGGAGGACGUUACCUCCAGCGGAUCACUUAGGCUAUCGGAUAACUUUACGAAGGCUUCUUCCCAGAAAAACACACCAAGUGAUGCCACAAAAGUAGAGGAAGACACGUCGUCGCCGCGUAAGCGAACACCCGAUGGCGUGGAAGAUUACGAUUUUGCAAACUGGAACGAUGUCUUUCAGAUUUCCCAUUACGCUCAGGAUAUUUUUCUUUACCAGAAAGAACGUGAGCCGCAGUUUGCUAUACCGGACUACAUUUCAAAACAGCCGCAUAUUAGCAAGUGGAUGCGAGCUCUUCUCGUCGAUUGGAUGGUAGAAAUUCAAGAGUCGUUUGAGCUAAACCACGAAACGUUGUACCUUGCAGUGAAGAUUGUCGACAUCUACCUGUCGAGGGCAGAGGUGCAGAAGGAUUCGUUGCAGUUGCUAGGAGCAGCAGCACUUUUCAUCGCAUCCAAGUAUGAUGAACGAGUCCCACCAACGGUAGAUGAUUUCCACUACAUUUGUGACGGGGCUUACGAGCGACGCGAGAUGAUUCUGAUGGAGAUGACCGUGUUCAAAACGAUUGGUUAUGAUCUGGGCAUUCCGUUAUCAUAUCGGUUCCUACGGCGAUAUGCUCGCGUGAAUCGAAUCGAGAUGAAAGUGUUGACGCUGGCACGCUAUAUCCUGGAGUUUAGUUUGAUGGAUUAUGCCAUCGUACAGCUGCGGGAUUCGAAGCUGGCCUGUGCGGCACUAUUCAUCGCUAUGCGGAUGAGCAAUAUGCCUGGCUGGAACAAGACGUUGGAAUACUACUCAGGUUACAAAAUCGAAGACUUUGCCGAGAUCGCCAUUCUGCUGAACAACAUCAUGACCCGCAAACCGAAGGAAUCUCUCAACACCGUCCGACACAAGUAUUCUCACGAGUUGUUCUUUGAGUCGGCGAAAAAACCUUUCAUCACUGAUUUGACCAAACUGUUCGACACGACCGACUACCAGCCGUUGCGCUCGCCUGCUCCGACGACUCCGAUCGUGUCCAUCAGUAGUGUACCGACUACAACCAGAUCACAGCAGUCACAAGCCGCGAGCAAAAAAAUAACAACAACCACUACAACAGUGUGAUACUGGGUAGACCGGUUGUUAUUGGUGGCGAACAACGUUUAAUCCUUACGAUUCACUUGAUCCCUUGUGUUCUGUUAAGCACUAGAAUGUGGAGGGCGCGGUAUCCUCAUCCACUCGUUCAUCCGUUGGGUAGUUAGUCGAAAAAAAAAUAAUUAUAAAAUAUAUUUGUAUGGGUGCGAUUUUCAACGCUGUGGCGUAUGGCCUAUAACGACUAAAUGAGUAUAAAAUAGAGAAACGUGUUUACUGUUUCAGUUUUUUCGUUCAUCUUUUUUUAAGAUUGUUUAUCUAUCCUUCCUUAGUCACCUAAAAUAUAUUUGAACUUUUUUUGUAAUUAUAUUUGGUUGUAUUUCAAAUUAUAUCUUCCAACUCAAUUUCAUCAAAAACGAAAUGCGUGGGAAUGUCAUAGUAAAGCGAAACUAGGGAGAAAUCCAGACAAAAGAGGCUACGCCACUUUCGAUCUCAAAAUUGAAUUUUUACAAAAGUGUUGAUACGAAUUCGAAUGCAAGAUAAGAAAGAACGAGUGAGAAAAUUCGACUGAAACACUAUGACAGGGUUGUUCAGAUUGAGCAACCGACCGUGAUAGAGGAUUUUCCAUCCCUUAUUGAGCACAGCAGCAGAUUUGUGGUUGGUCCAUACGUGGUACGAAAGAUAGUAAAUUGAUGAAAUAAAAAUUGCCCUGUUGUAUGAAGACCUCUCGAAUGUCAAAGGGUCUGUAUUAAACCUUGCUGAAAACAGUCAUUUGUCGAACUGCUUUGUGUGUAAAUUUUAGGUAAAACCAAAAUCCGCGCCUGUACUACAAUAAAGCGUAAAUUUUUGUUCCUCUCCCAAUAAAGACUGUUGCCAUCAGAGAAAA